AUGGAAAGGGAUGAAAAGACUUACCAUGACCCCGAAACGACUGGGCUCUCGGUCGCGGAUGAUCUCGCAGAGGCUGUCCCCGGAGAAGCAAAUUCUUCAUCAUCUAAGGGUAAAACUCCAGAAGUAAUCGAAAGGGACUCCACCUACUUCAUAGAAAGUUUAUUUAUGGUCUUCCAGGUCCAAAAUUGUCUAUUUCGCGUUCCAACAUACCUUCUCUCUGCAGAGUCUCAAGUCUUUUCUGGGAUGUUCCACCUUCCCCAAGCAGGCGACCUUGAUAACCCAGACAAUGUGGAAGGAUUGUCGGUUACCAAACCGAUCAUCUUACCAAACGAAUACUUGAAGGAGGAUUUUCGGAGCCUUUUAAAAGCUCUUUAUCCACUAUCAUUUAACAUCACAGUAGAUCUCUCAAAGUCUGAAUGGAUUUCCGUGUUAAAGUUGUCGACAAUGUGGUAUUUUAUCAAACUCAGGAACGCGGCUAUAUCGGAGCUGGCGCACUCCGGCGUACUCGACUCUAUUGAAAUGGUUACACUGGGAAGAAAAUAUCGCAUCUCUUCAUGGAUCACAGGAGGGUUUGUAAGGCUAAUCGAAAGGUAUGACAGCAUUACGGACGAUGAAGCCAUAGACAUCGAUUCCACUUAUGUUACCACCGCCUACAAGCUAUACCGUAUGCGUGAGGACAGGAUUAAGAACCGUUGGAAUGUGUCCGAUGUUGAGGUUGUCUUUGGACCAGAGCUGCAGGCCAUUCGUCAAGAUGAAGAAGGUUACAAAACACCUGAGUUGGAAAUCGAGUUCAGACCUGAAACCCCUCAAUUAGAAAUCGAGGUCCAGGCAGAAGCCAAUCCACUCCCAGAACCAACAGCCAUUGGAAGAAAGUCCGUUGGUUACAAGAGAAGGAAAUAG